UCCAGUCUCUGGUUUCCUUUGGGGAGGUGGCCGUGUAUUUUGGAGAUGCAGAAUGGGCAUUACUGAAUCCAGACCAAAGAGCUCUCUACGAGGACGUCAUGCUGGACAACUACGAGAGUGUGGCCUCUCUGGCAGAACAAGUAGAGGAGAUAGUUGAGGGAUUCCAGGAAUUCUCUGAGGAAAAAGUCAAGGCUCAAGAUUCCAGAAGAAAAUUUGAGGAUGAAGACAGGCCACAAGGUCAGGAGGGAAGCCAUGGAGACCAGAGAAGGCAUAAUCCUAUUCUGUCCCAAAGAGGAGGCUUUUGUGAAGUCCCAGUCCAAGAAGGAACAUCAACCACAAGAGACAAGAAUGAAGGCAUCCAUGCUAACCAGAGAAUCCUCUUCAGGCAAACUGAACAUGAAAAUGUGGCCUUUGGAAAGACCUCCAGUAAGAACACCAGUCUUAUUUCCGAGAGGCAAAUUCCAUCUGGAGAGAAACUGUACGAUUGCAUGAAGUGCGAAAACACCUUCAGUGAGAAAUCAGCCGUUUCUUCACAUCCAAGAAUUCACGCAGCAAGAGAUGAGCAGUGGACUGAGGGUGAUGAGCAAAUGCAUGAGUUAUUGCCAGAGAAAGAGAAGAAUGGAGAUUUGAAAGGAAACUUCAGGAAUCAAGGCAAACCAGAAAAGCAGACAGGAAGUUACAUGGCUGAGAAGAGGGAUGAAUCUAUUUCUGGCCAAGGACGGGAUUGCCAUGAAGUAAUCCACACAGUAGAGGCUUAUAUAAGUGCCUGGAGUGUAGAAUGAACUUCUCAACUCACAGCCAGUAUGAAAUCCAUUUGCAAAUGCACAGUGGAAAGAAGACACAUCAAUGUUUGGAGUGUGGCAUGACUUUCCUUAGCAGAGCAAAGCUCCUAAGGCAUCAAAGGAAACAUCAGGGAGAGACACUUUAUAGUUCCUCAGAGCAUGGCAAGAACUUGUCACAAAAAUCAGAUUUUUUUCAACACCAAAAAACUCAUUCAGGAAAGAAGGCAUUAAUCUGCUUAGAGAGGAAACAGACCUUUUCUGGUAGAAGAAAUGGUAAUGUGUGUAUUCUAAAACAUAGCAUAAUGAGAGCAGAAAAAUGCUUUCAAUGUGGAAAGUUCUUCAGCUGCAGGUCAAAGCUCCUUGUGCAUCAAAGAACCCACACAGGAGACAAACCUUUUGAAUGCAGAGAGUGUGGAAAGAGAUUCAGUCGGCGUUGCAAUCUUCAACUGCAUCAAAGAACUCACACAAAUGAGAGACCUUUUGAAUGCGUAGAGUGUGGAAAGAGAUUCAGUCAUAGUAGUAGUCUUCAACGGCAUCAAAGAACUCACACAAAUGAAAGACCUUUUGAAUGCUCCGAGUGUGGAAAGAGAUUCAGCAAGAGUAGGAGUUUUCAAAAUCAUCGAAGAACUCACACAAAUGAGAGACAUUUUGAAUGCUUAGAGUGUGGAAAGAGAUUCAGUCAGAGUAGCAGUCUUCAACAGCAUCAAAGAACUCACACAAAUGAGAAACCUUUUGAAUGCCCAGAGUGUGGAAAGAGAUUCAGUCAGAGUAGCAGUCUUCAACGUCAUCAAAGAACUCACACAAAUGAGAGACCUUUUGAAUGCCUAGAGUGUGGAAGGAGAUUCAAUCACAGUAACUCUCUUCGAAAUCAUCAAAGAACUCACACAAAUGAGAGACCUUUUGAAUGCUCAGAGUGUGGAAAGAGAUUCAAUCUGAGUAGCCAUCUUCAACAGCAUCAAAGAACUCACACAAAUGAGAGACCUUUUAAAUGCCCAGAGUGUGGAAAGAGAUUCAGUCAGAGUAGCAGUCUUCACCGGCAUCAAAGAACUCACACAAAGGAGAGAUCUUUUGAAUGCCCAGAGUGUGGAAAGAGAUUCAUUGACAGAAACACUCUUCAAAGUCAUCAAAGAACUCACACAAAUGAGAGACCUUUUGAAUGCCCAGAGUGCGGAAAGAGAUUCAGUCAGAGUAGCACUCUUCAACGGCAUCACAGAACUCACACAAAUGAGAGACCUUUUGAAUGCCCAGAGUGUGGAAAGAGAUUCGCUGAUAGAAACACUCUUCAAAGUCAUGAAAGAACUCACACAAACGAGAGACCUUUUGAAUGCUCAGAGUGUGGAAGGAGAUUCAAUCACAGUAACACUCUUCGAAAUCAUCAAAGAACUCACACAAAUGAGAGACCUUUUGAAUGCUCAGCGUGUGGAAAGAGAUUCAGUCAGAGGGGCCAUCUUCAGCAGCAUCAAAGAACUCACACAAAUGAGAAACCUUUUGAAUGCCCAGAGUGUGGAAAGAGAUUCAGUCAGAGUAGCCAUCUUCAAAAGCAUCAAAGAACUCACACAAAGGAGAGACCUUUUGAAUGCUCAGAGUGUGGAAGGAGAUUCAAUCACAGUAACACUCUUCAAAAUCAUCAAAGAACUCACACAAAUGAGAGACCUUUUGAAUGCCCACAGUGUGGAAAGAGAUUCAGUCAGAGUGGUAAUCUUCAAAGUCAUCAAAGAACUCACACAAAUGAGAAACCUUUUGAAUGCUCAGAGUGUGGAAAGAGAUUCCGUCGUAGUUGCCAUCUUCAACAGCAUCAAAGAACUCACACGAAUGAGAGACCUUUUGAAUGCCCAGAGUGUGGAAAGCGAUUCAGUUAUAGUAGCAAUCUUCAAAAUCAUCAAAGAACUCACACAAAUGACAGACCUUUUGAAUGCUCAGAGUGUGGAAAGAGAUUCAGUCAGAGCAGCCAUCUUCAAAGUCAUCAAAGAAUUCAUACAAAUGAGAGACCUUUUGAAUGCUCAAAGUGUGGAAAGAGAUUCAGUCAGAGUAGCCAUCUUCAAAGUCAUCAAAUAACUCAUACAAAUGAGAGACCUUUUGAAUGCUCAGAGUGUGGAAAGAGAUUUAGCCAUAGUUGCAGUCGUCAACGGCAUAAAACAACUCACACAAAGGAGAGACUUUUUGAAUGAUCUGAGAGUGAAAAGAAAUUUAGUCAGAGUGGUGCUCUUCAACAACAUCAACAUCAAAGAAUUAAAAGUUUAAUUUUUGAAUAUCUAAACAGAAUUAGAUAUGAAGGCAGAAAGCCAGCAGGGGA